GUUCUAGAUUGCAACUUACUGUGCGCGGUAUAUAACAUUAUACUGCCUACUUUCGUCUUUCAUUCAAAUAGGAGGUUUUUUAAAGUCGCACAAUGCCGAAGUCUUUACAGAAGGUCCAUAAGCAUAUCGCUAAAAAGCGAGGGGUAGUUGACGCACUCCAUGAGAACAGCAGAGAUGCGAAGAGAUUGCGCCGCGCAGGCAUUAGAGACGAUCGGGUUGCUCGUGUCUCUGCCACCCUGGCCCGUGGACGACAGUCAUAUAUUGACCGGAUCGUAUACUUCCACGAGAAUGUUCCGGAGGAUGCAGGCGUUUUCUCGGAGAGUGACAUGAUGAAUUUAAUUGUUAGAUACAUCAACCGAAGCGUCCCUGAGAUCGAGCAAUUACAGAGCGAGCGGCGGAAAGGUCGACCCCCAAGCAAACGGGAGGAGAAUCUCCUACAGCGAACAGACGCAGAGAAUAAGGAGUUUAAGACCGGUUUCUGGCUGCCUGAUCUUGGCCAGGAAGAUGUACUCAAAGCUCUUGCCUCAUGGAAUGGAGAUUGGUCCGGACUCAGCAGCAUGAAGUUCAUUCGCUUGACCAAGGAUGGUGGGAAGCAGUCUUCGGCUUUUCCUCCCAAAGGGAUGUCGUGAUAUUUUGUUAUGGGUUUGUUUUGGGACCGCAUCGCUCGCAUUGGUUUUGGCACAUAAUGGCGUUGACGAACGUAUAUACCAGCAUCUUGAUGUUCGUUAGUAUGUUUCGAGGUUUGGCUUCAAAAGCACAUUCAACAAAAUCGUCUGCUAUGCAUCUGUAACGGUAUUUCGUAUCCCGAUCGGGUUAUUACCUAUCAUAUGAAAGAGUAAACAUAAUAAUGGCAACGGAACAGUCAGCCUUCUCAUCAGAAACACCGGCAGUGAUGCUGACUCUCAAAUGUGUUAUGUCUGUCAGCCAAAGCUGUAGCUUUGAUCUAACUUAUGCCAAAUCCUAAGAUCGACACUUUCUACUCUUGG